CGCAUCACUCUGUUGCCUGCUGCGAAUGCGAGUACGAGUAGUUCUCGUCUUCCCUCGCGACUUCGAAAGCACCCACGCACACUACAAUACCCGGUUGCAUCUGUCAAAGAAAACAAGAGUUGACACCACACCGAUCAAUAACGAAAGAAUCAGCAAUGAAGAUCGCAGCUUCCACACUGACGGCCGCUUGUGCUCUUUUCUCGUCGACGGCAUGGGCCUUCACAACAAUGCCCAGCACGAGGACGAAGACUUCGACGUCGUCGUUGUUCAUGGCCGAUGAUGCCGAGGAACCGAUCACGAACCGAUACAGUAGGUAAGUUGUGUUGUGCUGUGUUGUGCUGUGUUGUGCUGUGCUGCGAUGCUGUGCUGUGCUGUGCUGUGCUGCACUUUGGGUAGGGAGUCUCACCAAUUCUUCGUUUCGCAAUCAACGGACAAUUCACACAUCUCAAUGUUGUUGCCACUAAACUAUUUCACAUCGCACCGCAUCCCACCAUUCUACGAAACCAAUCUACGACAAUACUCACGAACUAACAAUCUCGGGCAUCGACGACGGAUUCUUUGGAACCAACACAUUCGACAAACUCUUGUUUGACUGCAUUAUUAUUUGAUGUAUUAUUUUAAUGAUGGAAUUACGCAACACUUCGCCGCAUAAUGAAUCGCAACCGCUUUCGCAACCUCAACAACAAUGACUCAACCCGAACUCGAAACCGCAACACUCUUAUUUUGUAAAUUCCAGCGUCCUGACGCAGCCCGCCGUCCAGGGAAAUUCCCAGGCCAUGCUCUACGCCACCGGGAUGACCGAGGAAGACAUGGACAAGCCACAGGUCGGAAUCUGCUCCGUCUGGUACGAGGGAAACCCAUGCAACAUGCACCUCCUCGAGCUCUCCGAGUACGUCAAGGAGGGUGUCGUCGGAGCCGAUUGCGUCGGCAUGCGCUUCAACACCGUCGGUGUCUCGGACGGUAUUUCCAUGGGAACCUCCGGUAUGCGCUUCUCCCUCCAGUCCCGCGAUCUGAUCGCCGAUUCCAUCGAGACGACCAUGUCUGCCCAGUGGUACGACGGCCUGAUCGCCCUCCCCGGUUGCGACAAGAACAUGCCCGGGUGCAUCAUGGCCAUGGGACGGCUCAACCGACCGGGAAUCAUGGUGUACGGCGGAACCAUCCGCGCCGGGCACCAGCCCUCCACGGGGGAAUCCCUCGAUAUUGUCAGCGCGUUCCAGAGCUACGGGCAGCACCUCUACAGCAAGAUCUCCGAGGAGGAACGCCAGGAGAUCGUCCGGCAUUCCUGCCCCGGGCAGGGAGCCUGCGGUGGUAUGUACACCGCUAACACCAUGGCUACCGCCAUCGAGGCCCUCGGUAUGUCGCUGCCUUUUUCGAGCUCGUCGCCCGCCGAUUCUAAGGAGAAGAUGGAUGAAUGCCGUCAAGCCGGAGAGGCCAUGAAGACGCUCCUCGAGAUGGAUCUGAAGCCCCGCGACAUCAUGACCAAGGCCGCUUUCGAAAACGCUAUCAGAAUCGUCAUGGUCACCGGUGGAUCCACCAACGCCGUCUUGCACCUUAUCGCUAUGAGCAGAUCCACCCGCAACCCCGACUCGUACAUCACUCUCGAGGAUUUCCAGCGCAUCUCCGACGUGACUCCCUUCCUGGCGGAUCUCAAGCCGAGCGGAAAGUACGUCAUGGAGGAUGUCCAAAACAUCGGUGGUACCCCCGGUGUCAUCAAGUUCAUGAUCGACAACGACAUGUUCGACGGAGACCAGAUGACCGUCACAGGAAAGACCUGGUCGCAGAACCUCGAGGACUUGAACCACCCCGGUCUGACCCCUGGUCAGGAAAUCAUCCGACCGCUGGACGAUCCCAUCAAGAAGACCGGGCACUUGCUCAUGAUGUACGGAAACCUGUGCCCCGGCGGUGGAGUUGCCAAGAUCACCGGAAAGGAGGGAGAAACCUUCACGGUAAGUGCGCAGAAUCAAAUCCUCGCAACAUCGGACGAGUCUUGUCCCUGAUUGCUACCUCUGUUUCUUUCUUCCUAACAAUUCUUCGAUGUGACGUCUUUUUUUAUAACUGCCGGUGCUUGCCACUCGAAGGGAACCGCCCGUGUCUACGAUAGCGAACCCUUGAUGAUGGAGGGUCUGAAGAACAAGGAAAUCAAGAAGGGAGAUGUUGUCAUCAUCCGAUACGAGGGACCUACCGGGGGACCCGGUCUACCAGAGAUGCUCACUCCAACUAGUGCUAUCAUGGGAGCAGGUCUCGGAAACGAUGUCGCCCUAUUGACCGACGGGCGAUUCAGCGGAGGAACCCACGGAUUCUGCAUCGGGCACAUCACUCCGGAGGCCCAGGUCGGCGGACCGAUCGCAUUGGUAAAGAACGGCGACCCCAUCCGCAUCGACGCACAAAACGACAAGCGUACCAUCGACGUCUUGAUUCCCGACGACGAAUGGGAGAAGCGACGACAGGAGUGGACGCCUCCUCCACUCCGAGCCAAUGCCGGAAUCCUGUUCAAGUACAUCCAGUGCGUGGCCACCGCCACCGAGGGAUGCGUCACGGACGAGCUCGGAACGAUGUCUCCCGCUGAAAUCGCCAAGGCUGCACCCAAGACACCGGCUCUCGCGGAAUUGGAGAACAAGAUCGCCGAAUUGGAAGCUAAGCUUGCGGAGCAAUAGGCAACUACUACUUUGUUUAUAGAAAACCGAGAGCGAUAGCAUCUCAUUUCCAGCUACAAGAGAGAUGACGCGUAACAUGACAUUGUUUAUUGAUAAUCAUUUAACAAAGCAUCUUAUUAACU